AAGUUGUACAUUAAAGCAACGAUACUAUACUCUUUUGUCAACGACCUGAUAUCUGCAAAUUUUCAUAAAUACACCAUCUAACUUCCAAAUCUUCCGAACAAACUUCAUUGGACCUAUACGUGAAAGAGAAUUAAAAAUGAAAGAAGAGAGAACACAUGAACAAAAAUAGCUAGACAAAGAGAGAGGCAAAGAAAGUACAACCAAUAUAUGAGUCACAUAUAUUUAUAUGUUGCACAACUUAAGUUCUGUUACAUUAACAACUACCCAAAUUUAAUAAUAUGAUUGUAAUCUAUGUGUAACAUAUAUUGGGAUAGAAAAAGUUUCUUAAAAUGGAGUAUUUCUCAUGCUUAAUUCAGAGGGCAGCAUUAGACAAUCAGGUUCCUUAUCACCCACGUUGUAAGGCACUAGAGAUCACUCAUCUGUGUUUCGCAGAUGAUCUUCUAGUGUUUACAAAUGGGUCGAUUAGGGGAGUGGCAGGGAUUAAUAGAGUACUAGCUCAAUUUUAUAGAGAUUCAGGUCUCCGCUCUAACCCUGCCAAAUGUCAGUUGUUUUGCUGUGGUACUUCUGUUGAGGAGCAGCAAUGGAUAUCAAGCUUUACUGGUUUCCCCCUUGGUAGUCUGCCAGUUCGCUAUCUCGGCGUUCCCCUCAUAUCAGGUAAGCUCACUUCUGCUGAUUGCUCUGUGCUUGUUGAUAGGAUAACAAAGAGAAUUAGUACAUGGCAAGCGCUGAAGCUUAGCUAUGCUGGUAGAUUACAGUUAGUCUCCUCUGUUAUAACUAGCAUUAUGCAAUAUUGGAUGGCCCUGUUUUUGCUGCCCCAAAAGCUUUUAAAAGCUAUUGAGAAUAUAUGUAAUCAUUUCCUGUGGGGGGUGGGGGAUCGUAGUUUGAGGAAGAGGGUAUUGGUUGCCUGGAAAUAUGUUGCUCUGCCUAGAAGAGAAGGGGGAUUGGGGAUAAGAGAUUUUAAGAAAUGGAAUCAAGCUUGUGUAAUCCGCCAUAUCUGGAACUUGUUGGCAGUUUCUGGGUCGCUAUGGGUGGCUUGGGUGAAAAAGUAUCGGUUAAAAACAAGGUCUAUAUGGGAAAUUACAGGGCAAUCAGCAGGGACUUGGAUAUGGAGGAAGAUUUUGAAGAGCAGGGAGGGUGUUCAGUCCCAUAUAUCUGGCAGUGGGGAGUCUCUUGCAUGGGAUAAUAGGGUUCUACCAAGGUAUUCUGUAAAGCUGGUGUGGAAAGCAAUUAGAGAGUCCCAGGAGGAGGUUGACUGGUACAAGGUGGUCUGGGGAAAACCCUUUAGCCCGAAGCAUAGCCUGUUGUUAUGGCUUGUGAUUCUUAAUCGGAUAACAACUAAGGAAAAAUUGCAGAGCUGGGGUUUAACUGAUGACAGCUCUUGUGGUUUGUGUCCGGGUGGGAUUGAGACGAGGGACCAUCUUUUCUCAGGGUGUUCUUAUGGCAGAAGUGUCUUUGUUGCUGUGUUGUCUAAGUUUUGCAGGUUCCCUGAGUGUUCUACAUGGCAAGAUCAAUUGCAGUGGGCAAUCAGACAGUGGGCUGGGAGUUCUGGUGGAUGCUGUGAGGGCCGUCUGAAGUGGUCCAUGUGUGUGAGCUAUAUUUGGCGUGAACGUUGUAGUCGUGCACAUGAUGGAGUGUUCUGUCCCCCAAGCAGAUUGGCAGGUCGAAUUGAGGAUGAGGCGAAGUGGACCCUGGCGACUAGACUAUCCUGAGUAUGCUGAUAUAUUGUAUAGAUAGGGUUUGUUUGAGCUGAUGUAUAGAGAAGCAUAGAUACCAGAUUUGUUGACUUUGAGAGGGGUUUUUGCAGUUGCAAGCCCUAGUGCUUAAUGCAAAUUUUGAUUAACCAUAAAAAAAAAUAUAUAUAUAAGAGAAUGGGAAUCUCAGUGGAAGAGGCUAGGAAACAAAAUUACCCUAAUUGC